AUGACACCUCGUAUUCCACUCGUGGCCACUGUGGCGAGCGGACUAGCGUCAGCACAGCGCUUAAACCCGAGCUUGGAACGCUUCCAGGUAAUGCAAGAAAAGGAAUGGACGGAGCGUUCUUUAUCAACGGAGACACAGCCAGACAAGCAGAAGAAGGAGGGGGACCUGGUAGAAAACCUGCCGGGACUGGACUCCUUGAUCAAUGUAACGCACCACGCGGGACGAAUUGCUCUGCACGACAGUGAUAAGAACCUCAUUUUUUACUGGCAUUUCCAAGCGGCUCAGGACGCAGACAAGGCGCCGCUCAUCAUCUGGCUGAAUGGCGGUCCCGGAUGCUCCAGUUUGCAAGGCCUCUUCAUGGGCAUCUCGCCGCUUAAGUUGGUGGACGAGUCGACAAUCGCCAAGAACGAACAUAGUUGGUAUCAAUUUGCUAAUUUACUUUUUGUGGACCAACCAGUGGGGACGGCUAUGUCGUAUACACAGGGCAACACCUAUAGGUUAGAUGAAGGGGCGGUAUCAGCUGACUUCUACGAUUUCCUAAUCAAAUUCCUGCAGCGCCAUUCUGAGUACCUCUCAGAUGAUGGUGAAGUGAAACACUCGCGAAGUAUAAUCUUAUGCGGUGAGUCGCAUGCGGGGCGAUGGAUUCCCCAUUUUUCUGAGUAUAUUUUGAAGAAAAAUGACGAAUUGAGUAACCCGAUUAAGAUCCGUCUUGUUGGUGCCUGCAUUGGCAAUGGAUGGGUGCACCCACGAAUUCAGUACGAGUACAGUGACUAUGCUCAUGGCCUUGGGUUGCUGAGUUUUGGACAAGUGCGAUUGCUGAAGACUUCAUUCGCUGAGUGCUUGGCUGCUUUGGAUGGUGGGACACAUUAUUCGAAAAGCUGUUUGAAUAAUAUGAAUGCUAUUACGGACAGCGUCAAGACAGAUGGUGGGGGGAGCAGUUUGAACAUUUACGACGUGCGGCAAUAUGUGCCCAGUGUUAAAGCGUAUCCGUCAGGACUGGAGAACAUUGUCAAGUAUAUGAAUAAGAUGGAAGUACGUAAAGCUGUGCAUGGCAACGAAGACAAGGAUUUCCGCUAUAGUGUCUGCAGCGACGGUGUCUUUCACGGGCUGUCCAGUUUCGACGGCGUUAGCACGCUAGACGAAGUGCAAUCAUUGCUUCAAGGAGGUCUUCAACUUCUUUUCUACAAUGGCCAGUGGGAUAUGAUGUGCAACCACUAUGGAACGGAAAAGUUGUUGCUGAAUCUGAACUGGAGUGGCUCGACUACCUAUCAACAGGCAGACAAGUACACAUGGCGAGUACAAGGACACAAAGAACCUGCAGGCUUUGCGCAGCAGGGUGGUAAUCUCACCUAUGUAGUGGUUGCUAAUGCGGGACACAUGGUGCCGAUGGACGUGCCGGAUGUGGCUGCGGAAAUGCUGCGUCGCUUUGUGAAUGGCCUCGAGUUUAGCGACAGAGUUCAAAGUGUCACAAACACGCCAUUGAACGUAACCGACCUUGAGACUUUGUUUUGUUAUCCACCAUCGGAAUCAUCCGCUACAAGUUUACUCGCUACACUAAGUCAGUCCGGUGGAAACAGUGGCCAUAUGGAUAUUACGUGGCUGUUGGGUGCGUUCAUUGUUGCCGUAGUUAGUAGCAGUCUAUCUGUGUGUGUCACCCUUGCUUGUCUCCGCAACAGAAGAUACCGACAGGGAGAUCACGAAAUAAUCACGCAAAUGAGUGAUGACGAGCACAUGGGUCAGCUUGAAGAUGACGACGACGUCAAGAUCUCAAAUAAAGAAGAUGGCGAUAACGAUGUGCCUCUUGAGUAG